UCCCGGGCCGCGCCCCGCGAGGCCGGGCCCGGGCCGGGCCAAUCCCGGGCUACCGGGCGGGCGAACGCGAGGCCUGGUCGGCAGAGCCAGAGAAACUGGGGGUGGGGGACAAUGGGUCAGUUCCUGGUGCGUCACGGCGGAGUUCUUUAAAGGGGAAGUGAGCGGGACUACAGGGCGGACGCAGGGUGCGGUGGCCGGCUGGGGAGGUCCCCCGCGCUUUAAAAUAAUGCCCGCGGCGGCCGCGCGACCAUGCAAUGGCGAGCGCUCGUCCUGGGGCUGGUGCUCCUCCGGCUCGGCCUCCAUGGAGUGUUGUGGCUUGUCUUCGGGCUGGGGCCCAGCAUGGGCUUCUACCAGCGCUUUCCGCUCAGCUUCGGCUUCCAGCGCUUGAGGGGCCCCGACGGCCUCUUGUCACCCGCCUCGGGGUCGGUGGGCCGGCCCGGGGUCCCCGGGGGUCCUCCGGGGCCGUCGUGGCUGCAGCCGCCUGCGGUCGGGGUGGCGGCCGGCCGGCCCGGGGCUCCGCGGCGGCCCGCGCGGGGCGUGUGCGACCGGGCUCACUGGGGCUACGUGCUGGGCGGCCGGGGCUGCGGCCCGGACGAGUACGAGAAGCGCUACAGCGGCGCCUUCCCGCCGCAGCUGCGCGCCCAGAUGCGCGACCUGGCGCGGGGCAUGUUCGUCUUCGGCUACGACAACUACAUGGCGCACGCCUUUCCUCAGGACGAGCUCAACCCCAUCCACUGCCGCGGCCGGGGGCCCGACCGCGGGGACCCUUCAAAUCUGAACAUCAAUGAUGUCCUGGGGAACUAUUCUUUGACUCUUGUUGAUGCAUUGGAUACACUUGCAAUAAUGGGAAAUUCAUCCGAGUUCCAGAAAGCAGUCAAGUUAGUGAUCAACACAGUUUCUUUUGACAAAGAUUCCACCGUCCAAGUCUUUGAGGCCACGAUAAGGGUUCUGGGAAGCCUCCUUUCUGCCCACAGAAUAAUAACUGACUCCAAGCAGCCCUUUGGUGACAUGGCAAUUAAGGAUUAUGAUAAUGAAUUGUUACACAUGGCCCAUGACUUGGCUGUGCGGCUCCUUCCUGCCUUUGAAAACACCAAGACAGGGAUCCCCUAUCCUCGGGUGAAUCUGAAGACAGGCGUUCCUCCUGACAGCAAUAACGAGACGUGUACGGCAGGAGCUGGCUCCCUCCUGGUGGAGUUUGGGAUUCUGAGCCGACUGCUAGGGGAUUCCACGUUUGAGUGGGUGGCCAGGCGAGCAGUGAAAGCCCUAUGGAACCUCAGGAGCAAUGACACGGGAUUAUUAGGCAAUGUUGUGAACAUCCAGACAGGCGACUGGGUUGGAAAGCAGAGUGGCUUGGGUGCUGGGCUGGACUCCUUCUAUGAAUACCUCUUGAAGUCCUACAUUCUCUUUGGAGAAAAAGAAGACCUAGAAAUGUUUAACGCUGCAUAUCAGAGCAUCCAAAACUACUUAAGAAGAGGACGGGAAGCCUGUAAUGAAGGAGAAGGAGACCCCCCUCUGUAUGUCAAUGUGAACAUGUUCAGCGGGCAACUCAUGAACACCUGGAUUGACUCUCUGCAGGCCUUCUUCCCUGGACUGCAGGUUCUGAUAGGAGACGUGGAAGAUGCCAUCUGCCUCCAUGCCUUUUACUACGCCAUAUGGAAACGAUAUGGGGCCCUCCCUGAAAGGUAUAACUGGCAGCUGCAGGCCCCUGAUGUUCUCUUCUACCCACUGAGACCAGAGUUGGUGGAAUCCACAUAUCUCCUCUACCAGGCAACCAAGAAUCCCUUCUACCUCCAUGUAGGAAUGGACAUUCUACAGAGCCUGGAAAAAUACACAAAAGUCAAGUGUGGGUAUGCCACGCUGCAUCAUGUCAUAGACAAGUCCAAAGAGGACCGGAUGGAGAGCUUCUUUCUCAGUGAGACCUGUAAAUACUUGUAUCUGCUGUUUGAUGAGGAGAAUCCAGUACACAAAUCUGGAUCCAAAUACAUGUUUACAACAGAGGGCCACAUUGUAUCUGUGGACAAACAUCUUCGAGAAUCCCCUUGGAAGGAAUUCUUCUCUGAAGAUGGAGGCCAGGACCAAGAGGGAAAGUUUGUGCACAGGCCAAAACCUCACGAGUUAAAAGUCCUCAAUUCCAGCUCCAACUGCAAUCGUGUUCCUGACGAGAGGAGGUACUCCCUGCCCCUAAAGAGCAUCUACAUGCGACAGAUUGACCAAAUGGUUGGCUUGAUUUGAUCUGCUCUCCUCUGCGUGGCCUCAUCUUAAACCAAAUUUAAACACCUGAACCAGACCAUGCCCGCAUCCAGUCUGAAGGGGAAGGGGCGGAAUCUGGCUGUCCGUGACAGUGUGGGCGUUUCUGUCCAACUCCUUACACACCUUCGGUUAAUUCUUACACACCUCAGUGUUUCCCUUCUGUUCAAUAAAAUGCCCUGCUUUUUCUUAAAGUUAUAAUUUGAAAUGAGAAGGUACAAGGAAAUUGGCUUUUGGCAUGCUGAUGUUAGAGAGCACAAUAGGUGGGACAUCUUUGGAUCCAUCUUCCCAGCUUCAUAUUCAGGGUCCAAGUCCCCUGGCUUUGCCAGCACUUGCCCUACUGCAGUGUUGCCCCCUCUUGGUUAGAGGAUUGGGAAUGGAUUUCUGAGCCAAAGGCCCUGAGGUUCCUUGGCAUCCCUACAUGAUGCAUUGAGAGUGUCAUGCCGUCUCUCUCCCUUUGGACCAUUGGGGCUCUCCCCCAAGUGUCAACCGUGAUUUUGGAUUAGGUAGGGAGAAAUCAUCCAGUUGUUCAUUUAUGCCUCCAAGUAAUCUUCAGUGUUACAGCAUUCUUUGCUUAAGUUAAUGGUCUCACUGGAAUCCUAACAGGAAGACUUUUGGUUGUUCCAUUGUGGUGAAAGGGUUAACUAACAGUGAUAUCUUGCAUUUGUUUUGAACAUGGGCUUAACUGAGGAACUCCCUUGGUUCCGGAACCAGGUGCCUUUUAGGAAGAGGGGAAAAAAAAAAAAAAAAGAAAACAAGAACAAAAAAACUCCAACCCUUAGAUUGUCUGAGCUUCAUUCUUUCUCAUAUUUCCUAACCAAGGAUUUGGAAUUUUGACCAUCUUUGGGUUAGAGUUUGUUUCAUUUUUGUUGCCUGUGUCUAGUGCCAAUUAGUCAAUCAGGGAGAAAGAAGUGAUCAGGUGACUUUCUGAUGACCCUGAGCCUUGAGCCAUUCCCCUGUAUAGUACGGGCUUUAGAUUAGUGCCUUAUGGGCUUUGGUUUGGGCCACAGGCUAUCACAGCUGCUGCUGUGGUGCGGCAGGCUUGUUUUGUGUUGCAGUAUGAUGGGGCCAACACUGAUAGAGGGAUGGAGUGUGUGUUAGUGAGGAAGAUUCUGGAAGUUCUUAACUCAGUGGACCUUUCAGCCUAUUAUUUUAACAAAGUAUAUAGGAGGAAGUUGUGCUAAAAUACCUUCUUUUCCUUUUUGUAAUUUUCUUAGCCAGAACAGAAGGUUCUCUCCUUGAACUUAAACUGAGUGUUCAUACAAAACAGAGCUCAACCCGACUCCUAAUCUGGCUUCUGUUCAGUAUCAAAGGUUGAAAGGGCAAGAAGUCUUAAAAAUUGACAGGCCUCCUGUAUCAUGUUUCUCACCUGUCAAGUUCACACAUUUCACACAAUUUUAGUCUUUUCAAAACUAGAAAUGAGGGUGGGGGGUGUAGCUCAGUGGUGUAGCCUGCACCUGGGUUCAGUCCCCAACACUGUAAACAAAAAUGAACCCAGACAUAAGAGCUAUCUAAGCCAUUGCAUUUUUAGUCGAAAGGGAGAGAAAGUAUAUUCCUUCUUGAAAAUUUAAGUGUAUCUGUUUUGAAAAUAGAUGUGUCACUCACUUCUGUGGGAUUUUUAAAAAGGCAAUUUUCAGCAGUAAGCGUAACGUUUCUUAUGCAAUUUGUUUUAAAGUAAGAAAAUUUCAAAUACUUCUAUCUUUUUUUCAUUUUCGAAGCAUUGUUCUGUUAAAUGUCUCAUCUACUGAACAGAUUACUUUGAAGAUACUAUUUUAAAUGUUUUCACUAACUCAGUAAAAAUGUUAGACAUACACCUGCACAUGCUAGUGUGUGCACACCUCUGCUUUUCUCCAAGCAAGCUGAUGGGGGACCGCAAAUGACACACCUGGAAGAACGGGUGUGUCGGGAAGGAGUGCUUGGGCAGGGCUCUCUGCGGCGUCUGGCAGUGGUGGUGUGCAGGCUCUCCAGCGUUCCCCUUUCCCUGGCCCAUUACCUGUCACUCUAAAGCAGCUCAGGCAGUUCUUCCUCCUUGUGCCUUGAGUGCUGCAGGCAGGUCUUGGGUAGGAGCCAAGGUGAACAUGUAUUAACUCUUCAACCCUCUUGCUUUGGCCUCCUGGACUUACACCAGUUGGUGAGACUGAGGGUGAGUGAGUUACUUCCUUUUAAUCCUGGUUAUUGAGCGUCCGGACUGUCCAGGCUAAAGUUUGAUGCUGCGCUGUCAGUUAUUUGGCUAGGUGCCACAGUGCUGACUGGUUCCAGUUAUGAAAGAGGUUCUCUGGGCCAAGUUCAAAACUUGCUUGUUUUCUUUUUGAAAAUCAGAAUGUCAGCAGCAGUAGUAUAUCUUGCAGGGCUUUCGUGGUCUCAUCUAUUCUACAUUCUGAAAUACUAGAUAGGAGAGGGCUGAGGAGAAGAAAGUCAGGGAAGUCCCCCUUGCUCAGUAUUUUGCCCCAGGAACCCCUCCAAUCUGAAGACUUCAUCCUUUGCAGCAGCUCUGAGGCUGGAUCAUCCCAUGGUGCCAUGAGUAGCUAGUUGUAGUGUCAGCCUUGGUCAGCAUGUUCAAGUCGGAUUUGCACAGAACUGUAGCAGAAAACCGCCAUGUGGUUUGACCUGGUGGGAUAGUUAUCCCAUGACGGAGUUUUAAAUCAUUACAAAGCUGGCUUAGCUGCUUUAGACAAUGUAACCGAAAGAGAAAGUAGGUCACAAAGGAGUCUUUGCCAGCUCUCUUGGUUGUGCUGCCCUUGUGAAAAACUGGCUUCUGUUUUCUAUUCCUCCUUUCAUUUUCUUUCUAGCUUCUCUUCAAGAGCUUGCUCUUUGUAACUGAGUCCCCCAGUUUUGAUAAGUCCUGGGCUUUACUUGCCCUGGACUGUGGGCUAUGCACAACACUUAGUUUUCUAUGUAUUUAAAGAAAAAUGUGUCAGGGUGGUGUCUGUGCAGGUGAAUAUCGGCCGGGAGUCCAGUUAUCUGUUUUGGUAAAUGCAGUUGUAUAAUCUGAGGGUCUCAAUGUCCCCCAGGUCUACCCACCUCUCCCCUGACCUUCCACCCCUGAAAAAACGAUAACCCUCCUGUUUCUCAGCUCAGUUUACUGAAUGAUUGACACUGUAAUUCUUCAUUUGGGAGUUUGUAGACUCAACAUCAGACAUUCCUUUCUUCUGGAGGGCUCUGAAGCUCUUUUCUUUUGAUAGAUUCAAAUUUAGUGCUGGUUAUAAGGUAGGGUCCACAGAGUAGCUGAGCAGGGAACCUUAGAAGACAUUCUGAUCUUUGCUUUUCCAUUCCCAAGCCUCCAGCUCCUACUCUAGUGCCUCUUCCCUGCAGGGCAGGGACCCCGUGUGAGAGUGAGGAGUGCGGCAGCCUGGGCUGUGGGUCCCCAGGGUCGCAGGGCUCAGGGUUGCGCUGCACUUGAAUUUGGAUGUGAAUCUGUUAAAAAAAAAAAAAAAAAAAAAAAGAAGUACCUGUGGAACUCCCUGAUUCAUGACUCCCUUCCCUCUUUCUGAGAGGUAGAGGAAUAAUGUUUUUUAAAGACAUUUUGUUUCAGUUUUAAAUAGCAAAACACAAACUGCAUUUUUAUUUAUUAUACAUGAGAAAGGUAAAUCUACAGUUGGAAACUCUGGGAAAACUUACUGAAAUAUACAAAUGCUUCUCUGUAAUGUGCAAUAUGCUUUGCAACUAUAGAUAUUUUAUGUUUAAUCUGUAAAUAAGAAAUGUAUUUAAAUUAAAAGGGAGCUUUUUGUAAAAGGACCAAAUGUUCUUUUAUAAAUGUACUAAGGAAUAUCUUGCUCUUUGAAAUUUAUUAGGAUUUUUAUGAAUAAUUUUUAUUAAAGAAUUUUUUUGAGUUGU